AUGCCCAUGGAGACGGAUCACGCAUCAAUCAUCUUCAACGUCGAGGAGACAACUCUGGGAAAAGAGCCGUUCAAGAUCUUGUUCGAGCUUCUCGAUGAAAGUUUGGCACAGGCGCUGUCGGUGUGCCUGUUGUCGGUGGUGGCCAUGCAGCAUAUACGGUCCGUGAUCAGCAAUUGGACGUUCCCGGAGUGGCAUGUCCUGCAUCUGCAGCUGUUCGGCAUCUUCCUUCUGUACGCCUUGAUCCCUUGCUUUGUGAACCCAGACCAUGAGUUGGGCGAGACUCCAGAAGGAGGUCGGUCGCCGCUGACGAAUCGGCUCGCCGGUGCUGCCGCCGCCUUCUUGGAGGGCUUCGGGGCGCUGCUCAUCGUGAUCGCCGUGCCCCGGCGCCUCGUCUGCUUCCGGUCGAAGCGUCGCGCCGCGGGGGCUUCCGCGUCGCGUCGCGCCUCUGUCAGUUCCGCUCCAAGCGUCGAUGGGCUGGCCGAGGUCAAGGUGGAGACGGAGAUGGGGAGCAGCACGAAGCCCCUCUUGGACAGCACCCAGGAGCCCGACGCACUUAGUCCACCCAACGACCCGCCCGCCCGCGACCCCCACGACUGCCUCGUCGUCUUCUUCGGCUGCCUCGCGGCCCUCCUGCUUCUGCUGGUGCGCCCGCUUUUGGAGGUAGUGCCCGUCGGAAACGAGCUCUCGGUGGAAGUGGCGGCUGUCAGAUUCGCCAUCUUGCCCGUCGGGCUCGCGCUCUCGCUGUUCGCCGGGGUAGAGGUCAGGCGACAGGCUAACACGAAUUUGGACGGGUUUGGUUUCCUCUUCAAGUACGCAAGGGCGGCCCACUUCGUCUUCGCGGCCUUCUUCACAAGGGCGAUGUUCAGGUAUGCGGGUGUAUUGAAGAUGUACCCUGGUGUCCCCUUCGCGGCUCGCGUGAUCACCAAUGCCAUGGCAUUCAUGGCGUGCUUCGUCGUAACACAGUGCGUGAAUCCCGCAGAGGACGAGGUGGUCAUCGCGAGCCUGGAUAGGCAGGCCGACAUCUUGAGCCAGGCCCAGGUCGCCUCUUACCAGAACGUUGCCACUUUCCUCGCUGCGACGAGGAGUAACGACAGAACGGCAUGUGGCCGCUUGUUGGAGGCGGACCCCUCGCUGCUGGAGGCACGGGACGCGGAGGGCCGUACCGCUUCCGACCUGGCCCGCAGGGACCGCCACUUCCGGCUGUGGGCUCUCCUCUUGGCGGUCCGUGCGCGCAGUGGCGCGCAGAGCCUGCGAGCGGCCGUCUGCGCCGUUGUGUCUGUUCUGGGCCCCCUGGAAGUUUUGCGAGAGGUGCUCCGGCCGCCCGUGCCGAUUGCGGGCUCUCACGACCGCCUCCGACGGCUUCCCAGUAAGACCAUAGAGCCGAUGGGGUCCGAGCGCCAGGAGCUGCACCCCGCGUGGCCCGGCGCGGUGCAUGACAAGGGUUUGGUCGUGGCCCCGUGGGAGAAGUUGCCCGCUGAGCAGGAGAAGGAAGGCCUCAGGAUGAGGAACGCUUGGCCCUGGGUAUCUGUGGACUUGUACACGUCGCGCCUGCGCAGCUUAGACCUCACCAUCAUCCUGGUGUCCCUGGCCCUGAUGGGGCGGGCCGUGUCAAACAUUGCGGGCGUUCAUGAUCUCGCGAGCCCCUUAGCCGUGCGCUUCUUACCAGAUUAUCCAUGUACCGACGUCCUUCGCCUAGACCAUUGCUUCCAUGAGCUCGUGGAGAGUGCAUUGACAAAUGGUGAUCAAACUGCCAAACCAGUGCUCCUCUUCCUAUCCGAAGUCAUGGCCUCCACCUGUGUGUUUUUCGUCGUCGCGGCGCUUCUCCAAUGCAACAAUGCGUUCUUUGGCUCGUCGUCUUCCAGCAGAGUGUGGUUCGGUGUAUUGGCCGCCUUUUUUCUGGCAGGGUUGGUGCUUCAGAUGCAAAGCUUUCUCGACAAGUUGGAUGAGCUGAAUCCGAUGCUGACGUUUGCUGGACCCGCCGACUACAACGCGAAUGAGAGAGACGAAGUCAACGCGAAUGAGAGAGACGAAGUAACAAUUUUGUCUAUGACGAAGGAUCUUGUUACUGCCAGCUUGGCCACGAUGGGCUUGUUUGCCUGCCUGACUGGGAUCCUUACGAGCCAGAAGCACAACACCUUCCAGAGGUCUGAGAUGGCCGCUCUCUGGUACACCACCUCCAACUUCAAGCCCCCCAGGAACGUCGUCGCCCUUCGGAGGGAGCCCCCAGAGGCCGGUGACGUGCUCCUACUCGCGCCGCAGGAGUUCGGCGCCGAGGCCGAGGAGAUGAAGGUGGUCGUGACGAGGACCAACAGCGACGGCACCUGCGACGUGGCCCGCGCAGGACCGGACGGGCGCCGCUACAGGAGCGUGCUCUACAAGUACCUGCGGCGCGAGGGCAUGGGGCACGGCACCCGGGGCGCCAUGAUGAGGAAGAAGCUCUUCGAGAAGGCUCUGAACUUGCCCCCGAUGUUCCUGAUAGCCCUGCUGUGCUGCGUGCCGGUCCUCGCCGUGCUCGUGAACCUGAUGUUCGAGACGGUCGAUGCGCAGCUGGUGAAGCUCUACAGGGUCCACGCGGUGGCGUCGCUGGUGCGCUGGGACGACCACUCUUACGUGAUCAGCACUGAGGACGAGGGCCCGCCCUGGGCCGACGACACCGCGGUGAGGGCGAAGAAGGCCAAGCUCGCCGCGGACCUGAAGGAGUGGCGGGAGGCAGGGAACGUGGGGAGGUACAACCACCCACGCUCCUAUACCGAUUUACAUGGCAAAGGAGGAAUUAUAGGUAUAUCGAGUGCGGGAGCGAAGACCAUGAACCGGCCUACAAGAUCGCAGCGAUCAUCGAGCCGUACGUGA